GGCAGUGACUGCGACGUGGGCGACAGACUCCCAGCGGGCAGAGAAGGCUCUUCUCGGCCCAGAUUCUUUAAUGAUGAAUGGGUCCAAUGUUGCCAAUACAACAUCCAACUCAAAAUCUAAAGAGGACCAGGUAGUGAAUGGGCGUGAUGAAAAGGAAAACAACCCUUUUGCUGAGUACAUGUGGAUGGAGAAUGAAGAAGACUUCAAUAGACAGGUAGAGGAAGAACUUCAGGAGCAGGAAUUCCUGGACCGCUGCUUCCAGGAGAUGCUGGAUGAAGAAGACCAGGACUGGUUCAUUCCCUCACGUGACUUGCCUCAAGGCAUUGGACAGCUGCAGCAGCAGCUCAAUGGACUUUCUGUCAGUGACAGUCACAGUUCAGAAGAUAUUUUGAGCAAAAGUAACCUGAACCCUGAUGCCAAGGAGUUUAUUCCAGGAGUGAAGUACUGAAUCUUCUCGAAACCUUUAAGGAGGACUUG